AUGCCUACCGGUGGUGCAGCCAUCGUGAGAGAGGGUCCGAAUCUUCUCAAACUGGCAAGGAAAGAACAAUGUUUGGCUCUUGGAACUAGGUUGAGGGCGAAGUACAAGAUCAAAUACCAAUUCUAUAGAGUGUUCCCAAAUGGGGAGGUUCAAUAUUUGCACCCUAAGGAUGGUGUGUACCCUGAGAAAGUGAACGCUGGUCGCCAAGGGGUUGGUCAGAACUUUAGGUCGAUUGGUAAGAAUGCUAGUCCUAUUGACGUCAAGUUUACCGGCAAACAAGCAUAUGAUUUGUGA